GGGUCCCGGCGGGCGGCACCGGCGCGGCCCGGGGCGGUACCGGCGCGGCCCGGGGGGAGGGCGCUGGCGGCCGCCCGGUGCCCACGUGGUUUCUCGGUGGCUCCGGAGCGGAAGAAACGGCGGCGGCCGGGGCCGGGGCUGCGGCGGGGGCGGUCGGGACCGGGACCGGGACCGGCACCGGGGCUGACACCGGCACCGACACCGCGACCGGGGCCGGGGGGAAGGAGCCGCAUCCCGGCGGCCGCCGCCGCAGCGCCUCCCGGUGCUCGCCGCCCCUCCCGGCCUCCAGGAGGGAGCGAAGCCGCCCGGAGCCUCGGGGACCUCCUGCGGCCCUGGAGCCCGAUGCCAUCGCCGCCGCCUCGCGCUGAGCCUCUCGCGGCCGACCCACCGAGUGCCCCCUGGCCACAGCUCGCUGCCCGCGCCUGAGCUGCCCCCGCCGCAGCCCUGCCCAGCCCGCACCGCAUCGCCCCGCGCCCGGGGCCCGCUGCCAGGCAGGACUCGCGCGGCGCCAUGGACUCCAUGUUCGAGGACGACAUCAGCAUCCUGACGCAGGAGGCGCUGGGGCCGGACGAGGACUGGCUGGACAGCCCCAACACCGACCUGUCGGGGGAGAUGUGCUCGGCCUCACACUUCGCCCUCAUCACCGCCUACGACGACAUCAAGAACCGCCUCACCGGGCUGGAGAGGGAGAACUCCACGCUCAAGCGGCGCCUCAAGAUGUACGAGGUCAAGUACCCGCUGAUCGGCGAGUUCGGGGAGGAGCACAUCUUCUCUGCCUACGAGGCCAAGGAGACGUCGCUGCUCAAGAGCGAGAAGGCAUCGCUGCAGCAGCAGCUCAACCAGUUCCAGCACGAGCUGCAGAAGAGCAAGGAGCGUGAGGAGCAGCUGGACGAGAUGAUCCAGGCCUACGAGAAGCUGUGCGUGGAGAAGGCAGACCUGGAGUCGGAGCUGGGCGAGAUGCGGGCGCUGGUGGAGACGCACCUGAGCCGCAUCCGGAGCCUGGAGCAGCAGCUGCGGCAGCGCGAUGGCGGCGCCUUCCCCGGCCUCAGCGCCCCGCUGCCGGGCCAGGAGGUGCCGUUCCUGUCCCUGCACCCCAACCCCGCGCUGAGCCACGUGCUGGAUCGCCCCGCGGGCUGGCCGAGCCGCGGGCUGGAGGCCGAGCUGGAGGCUGCCCGGCAGGAGGCUCAGCGCGCACAGCACCGCGAGGAGCACCUCAAGGCCGAGUGCGAGCGGCUGCAGGCAGAGCUGAAGCACCUGCAGGACACCCGCCAGCAGGAGCAGUCGGAGCGGGACAUGGCCUGGGUGAAGAAGAUGGGCGACGACCAGGUGAACCUGGCGCUGGCCUACACGGAGCUGACGGAGGAGCUGUGCCGCCUGAGGAACCUCAGCUCCCUGCAGAGCCAAAUCCUCCGCGCGCUGCUGCAGGAGAAGAGCCUCAACGGCGGCCAACGCCACUCCCCGCUGUCCCAGUGCCACUCGCCGGCCCAGCAGCGCCGCUCGCCCGCCCCGCAGUGCCCCUCGCCCGCGCCCGGCCGCCCCCCGGCCCCGCAGUGCCAGUCCCCGGCGCUGCAGCGGCGCUCCCCGGCCCCCCAGUGCCAGUCGCCCGCCCAGCAGCACCGCUCGCCCGCCCCGGGGCCCUGCCAGUCGCCGGCCCAGCAGCGCCGCUCGCCCGUGCCCACCUCCAGCCCCUCGCCCGCCCAGCAGCGCCGCUCCCCGGCCCCGCCACCCUGCCCCUCCCCGGCCUCGGCGUCCCCCCACCGGCUGCCCGGCGAGAGGAUGGAGCUGGGCUACGCCAAGCCCUCCAGCCGCCACAUCAAGGCCGGCUUCCAGGGCCGCCGCAGCUACUCGGAGGUGAGCAACGUGGCCCUGUACCAGCAGAGCCGCUCGCUCUGGCUGCAGCCCGAAGCCUCGACGCUCCCCAAGCACCGGCCCUACGGCGAGGUGUACCUGGGGGGCACGGGGGCCCCCCUGAGCGCCCGCGAGCCCUUCGAGGAGCACGUGCGCUUCGAGAAGCAGUCGUCGGACGAAGAGGACUGGGCGGUCCCCAGCCCCCCCAGCCCCGAGGUGGGGGCUGUCCGCUGCGCCUCCUUCUGCGCCGGCUUCCCCAUCCCCGACACCGCCGCGCACCGGGCAGCUGCCGCCUAUGCCAGGACCGAGCACGCCCAGUCCUGGCCCUCGAUCAACCUGCUGAUGGAGACGGUGGACUCGGAAAUCCGGAGCUGCCCGCUGUGCCAGCUGGCCUUCCCCAUCGGCUACCCGGACGAUGCUUUGAUAAAGCACAUUGACUCGCACCUGGAGAACAGCAAGAUCUGAGCCCCCCCGCCCGCGCCGCCCCCCCCCAGCCGCGGGCUGCCCCCUCCCCGGACUUUGGAUGCUGCAUGAGAACACGAGGAGUGACACGGCUCCGAAAUACCUCCAAGGAUUCAGUAGCUGCGGAGGGACUGACCCCACAGGAGCCCCAGGCCCCUCCUGGCCUCGCGUGUAGGUGGGUUUUCCCCACUCCCCCUUGCCCCGUCCCUGCGUCCACGGAGAAUUCGGAUGCUCUGGGCUGGGUCUGGGGGCUGCUGGUGGGGACCCGCCUGCACCCAUGGGUUUCUCUGCUUGAUCUCAGGGAGGAUUUGAGGGACCGGGUCCUGGAUCUGGCCCCCAGACAGCAGGUGAAGGGAAGGGGCUGCCCCUUCGGGGGCUCACUGGGUCAGAAUUGGUUGGGGGUGGGAGGCUGCUUGUUCUCGGUCCCCCACCUCUUCCCACCAGUUCAAGCAUCUUUCCAGUCUUUUACAUUAAAAGCAUCCCCCCCCCCGCCCCCAUUUCUCCCUUCUCCCCACAACGAUGCUGCUGAGAAUCAAACCCCACGGCCCACGGCACAGCAUGGACAUCCCGCACCACUGCGCUGAGCUCUGCGGCCGCCGGCACCCCUGGGCCCUGCGGGGCCGUGUGGCCACCCCCCCGGCCCCGCAGCCCCCGGCCCCCACCCGCACCCCCCACGUUCGAUCUACCUCAAAGCCGCCGAGAGGCCCCCGACGUCGGGAGGGGGGGUCUGCGGCACCGUCCCCCCGUGCUCCGCGCUGCAUGCCCCCCCCGUGCCACGGCGCGCACGUCCACGCGCACCACCCGAGGGCUCAGCCGGGGUCCAGCCCCUGCUCCCUCAGGGUCCCCACGCAGGGGGACCCGCGCUCUGUGCAACGCCGCUGAGUCCAAUAAAACCCUUCCUCAGUGCCCAAAACACUGCUGGGAGCCAAAGCUGC